UAUCUGGAAGCUUGACGCGGCUCUCCGCACCUCCGCGGCAUCUGUGCUUCUCUCAAGUCCUCAAAUGCGCGACUUUCACCGUCGGCAGAACCGGAGGAUGUCGAGGCCCGGUUCGUGUUAACGGGACGUGUUAAUAUGAGAAUAAAGAGAUAAAAUACCGGCCCGUUAAAGUCCCAGUUCAGUUUAAAGAAGGUGGCGUGACGAUGUUUGCUGUUGACUGAAGUCCACUCUGAGAAACAAAAUGAAGAGGAGGCUGCUGCGUGGGUUCCUGUCGGAAGUUUCCGUCCGAUUAGCGCUGCUGGUGGUGUUCCUGGUGACGGAGCAGCUUCCUCCUUUCUACCGUGAGAUCCAGGCAGAGGAGAUGUGGCUUUACAAGUUCCAUCGUGUGGAGAGAGACCAUGUUCCCACCUUCCUCAUGUUUACUGUGGCGGUUUUCACCCCUCUGAUUGUAAUCCUGGUUUUCACCUACAUGAACAAGUCGGAGCGUGGAGAUCUGAAAGAAGCUUCACUGGCUGUGACUCUGACGCUGGUGCUGAACGGAGUUUUCACCAACGUCAUCAAACUUGUUGUUGGCAGGCCGCGACCAGACUUCUUCUACCGCUGCUUCCCGGACGGUCAGAUGAACCUGGAGCUCCGAUGCAGCGGUGACCCAGAUGUGGUCAUGGAGGGCAGAAAGAGCUUUCCCAGCGGACACUCUUCCUUUGCGUUCGCGGGUUUGGGUUUCACGGCGCUGUACGUGGCAGGAAAGCUGCGCUGCUUCACUGCAGCAGGACAAGGCAGAGCGUGGCGGCUGUGUGCCUUCCUCACCCCUUUACUCAUCGCGACUGUGAUCGCCCUCUCCAGAACCUGCGACUACAAACACCACUGGCAAGAUGUGUUAGUUGGGUCUCUGCUGGGUCUGGCCUUCGCCUGGCUCUGCUACCGGCAGCAUUAUCCUCCUCUUCAGGACCCCGACUGCCACAGACCUCUGCGUCACAGAGAGACUGUUCCCACUGCACAGGAGCGCAAGCUGGCCAACUCCAACUACAUCCUGCCCCUGUAAAGCAUCUGUAACCGCAUUAUACUCUUAUCUGGUGUCAUUUUUACCGGGUUACUCAGUAAUCUGUGUAACGCUGGUUUUCACUUCUUUAGGGCAGGGCAGCAUAUCAGUAUUUAUUCUCUGUCGCCAAUCAUUGUAACAUGAUGCACAGUUUGUUUUCUAAACUAAAACUACAAGUAAUCAGGCAGUCAGGUUCCUCUUGAACGGUUUCUGAAACAUUUGAGAGCUGCUUUAGCACAGCAACAGUCCAACGCAGUGGACGUCAGCCACACACCACCUGAAGGGUGUGUUUCUAAACCUACAAAGAUGUCAUUACAUGCUGGAGAGAUCGAUUUUAGAAGUCGGCUAGUUCUUGUUUCCCACGUGGCCCAGCUCUGCACACGCUGUGCCUAUAGAUCACAUAACUUUAACUAGUCACAACAGCUGAGCAGGUAAACAACACAACCACUGCACUAUUUAGUCCACUGCCCAUCGAUCCCUGGCUCAGCUGAUGUGAAACAGUUUCUCACGUAGGGUCACUAUUUUGUGAUUGUUUUGUAAACUUUUUAAACAGGUUUGAGGGAAGAUACCUGAAUACUAUAUUUGGUUUCUGUUCAUUUUCGACCUUUAGGAGCAAACUAAGGGGGAAUAAGAUCAAAGCUCAAAACUUCUCGUUAAUAAUUGAGAAUUUCCAGGCACAUUUUAUGAUCUUUUGGAGCUUGCUCAGGUGUCACGACAAGACUAAACAAACACCACGAGCUGAGUCGAGGGCGUCAGACUUCUGUUUAUCCUGCUGGUUUAAACGUAAUAGCACAAGCAAACCUCUCAGAACUUCAGAGAGACGUUCUGACCAGCUCAUGUGGCAAAACUUCACAUUUAAGCUCAGCUGAUGACCCGUAAGUCAGCUGCAUUUGCUGAGGAAGAUGGUGAAAUACGGUUAACUAAUCCAAAAUAAGUGGAACUUUGAGCUUAGAUCAUAAAAUAUUUGAUUUGUCCAAGAAAAACCGGUGAAGUAAGAAGUGUCUGAGAGGAGUGGGUUGCAUGGAUAUAAUCCUUUGUAACAGUUAUCAUAGUAUUGAUAGUUUUUGUGUAUAAUGCCUUUUUUGAGACAUCAGAAAAAGAAAGGAAUGUCUUAGUUAAACCUGCAGAUUCAGUAAAAGACAUUAGCUAAUGACACCAUACAGUGAGUUAUAACGAUGCUAUCAACGGAUGAAAAGCUGGCAAUAUUUGAUAGCUUUCGAUUUGUCCACAGAUCCCAUGAUGAGACCAAAUCUAAAUGUAAAACAUCACAAAUUAGUCAGAAAUGUGUAGUUUCAUUCUUCUAUCAGCUAGAAAAAAAUCCUUUAUGAACUGGGUAUUGUAUUUUUCAACUAAAAUGACAAACUCUAGUAAAAAGUUUUUUUUUUAAAUGAGGACUAUUUUCUGUCGUGGAUGAAUACACAUUUAAUGUUAUCGUAGUUUUUGAAUAACAAUGAAGCUGUGUGGAGGAAUAAAAUAUCUCUAAAAGGCAUUUAAUUCUGAUCUUUAUGGGAUUAAUUGGCAAGAGGAAGAAUAUCAAAAAUUGCCAGAUUUGUCCUUUAAAUUAACAGUUAUUAACACAUCGUAAUAUUUUCCACCUGGGUUACAUUUCAAGGCAAGUUAAUUUAAAACGACUUGUCUUUAGUGCUUUAAAUUUUCUGUCUUCCUCUAGUAGAUUUUGAAUGUUUCCAUCAGCAGUUUUUUGACAACUAUUAACAUGAAAUCCUCAUAGAGCAGCACCACUUAUUGUUUCUCUAGUGCCUGCUAUACUUUAGACCGUCAUCUCAUCUCUGCUCAUCUGAACACGUCGCCCAAAGUUUGUCGCACUUUUAAAAAGAAACCCUGACGUAAAUGUUUUCCUACAUCUGUGGUCUCAGGCUUACCGCCGGUCUGGUUUUUGUAGCUGCACACCGGCUCCUCUGCCGACUCGUGGGGCUCCGUCCUGAGUUUGAAUGUUCACCAGAAUUGGAGAGACGAGGUGCAUAGGGUUGGGUUUAGGAGUGACGGUGGAACCAGAUCUUUCUGAUGUACCUGGACUGUAACCUCUCCAGGUGAUGGUGCUAGCCUCCCAGUGCUCCUGCUGGUCGGGUUUUCUAUCCUGUUAAUAGUUCUGGCUCGUGAAGUUUGGUUUUUGUUCUUUAAAAUCAGUGAAUGCUACAGUUUAUGGUUUAAUCGCUCUGUUUUCAGUUGUGUCCGUUCAUUAUGCUCACAAGGUUGGUUUUGCAUUUGAAAUACCUUCAAAUGUACAUGUUUUAUUUACUGUUUUUCCAGGUUGCACCGUAGGAAACUACCAAACCUCAUGUUUGUGUGUGAAACCAGCCAAAGUUUUUCAGGGUCAGAGCACUUUUUGCUUGUGUCGCUGUAAUCUCAGUGGCUUCCGACCAGACUUGGCAGAAAAAAAACAUGAAUUUGUGCCUUUGUUUACAUCACUCUGAGUUAAUGAAUGAAGUAUACACUGCAUGUGACAGUGUAUGCUCUCUGUCAUUCCGUCAUGUUACCUUUGUUAUGAAUCUUUACUUCUUUUUUUUAUACUUUCCAGUAUAUAGGAUUCACUUGUGAAGAUACACAAUGUUUAAAUGUGGCAUGCUGCCUUUCUUUACCUCAGAAAAUACUUUACUUUUCAUGGAUUUAGUUGUCGAUGGAGUCAAAUGUGAAGGUUUUCUGUGUGGUGACUAACAUUUACAAGCGAGGGAUUACACAAGAAGGAGGUAAAACUUACCUCUAAGACAAAUAAUAUCUGAAUUUACCUGUUCAGUCUUACAGGUAUUUUUUAAGACGAUGUACAACUGAGUUUAAUUUUGGGGCAUGUAGGAGUUUACUUGAAUAUUUGUUACUUUAAAUGUGAGGAUCAUGAAAACAGGAGUCAUAUUUGUGGGUUUCUGGGGAGCUUUCAGACAAAGAAAAAAAAAAAGAAAACGUUCAUUAGACUUUGCUGCAUUUUGAUAAAAUCCUGCAUGUUCACAGCUCAAGAGCAACAUAUUACCCUCAUAACUUCCAUCCAUGCUGUUAAUUUAUGUGGUUUUCAGGACACAUUUACUGUUUCAGGUCCAUGAUCAUGUCUGUUCUUCAGAUCUACUGUCAUGACAAGGGAUUAUACCAAGAUUUGCCUGUUUGCUUUAUUUAUGUCAUGACCACAGAGUAGCUGCUCAUGCUGAUACAGUAUCCUGAUUGUCCAUGUUGUGAUGCUUUUAAUCAAUCUUUUCUUGACACUAGACAAUGUUUUGAAAUUACAAUGCACACUGUCUUCUGCUCUUUUGAAUCAGCACUCCUGGUUUUGUUCGGUAAUUACAAUAGAGACACAAAUAUGCACAACAAAUUGUGAAGCUGCAGCGAUGAGAGUUUGUAGAGUAGCAGAGUUUUCUGUUUUAUAGCUGCAGUUUGUUUCUUCUAUUUGUAGAUGAUGCGCUGGGGAGGGAUGUCCUGGUUUGUUUAUAUGUAUUUCAACAGGAGGGAAUGUCAAACCUCAUUUUAAAGUCAUCGUUCUUGCCGCCUGUCUUCUUGUUGAAGCAUGUCAUCCUGAUUAAACUGAUAUAUUUGAAGGAAUGUCGUUGUCGGGAUUGUGGUUGUAGGCAGGAAUUUAGAAAAAAAAUCCUUUUCAGAAAUAGUAUGACUGUAUUUACAGUAAAAUCACGAGCAAAACUAAAUCUUUCAUUUCAAUAACAUUUAGCUUGUUUUGUAUUAUUAAAGACUGAUUAAAAUGGAGAUGUUGAAAUAUGAAAA